GGAAGCACGCAAAUUUGACUCGACAAGCUCACUCAGUUGGUGCUUUCCGAUGAGCCUGCAUUUCAGUGGUGUCAAGUUAUGACAGGGGAACCAUAACGUUUUAUCAGAGGGUCUACUGCUGUUAUCCGAUAUGAGAGCCACUUGUUAAAGUUAGGGCUGUACAUAUGGAUCGAUUGAAAAUCCGUUCGAUGAAAUAGCGGUGAAGGAGUUAGGAAAAAAAUGUCUGAUUUUGAAAGGGGUGAUCCUUGGAAGGUUUUGCAGACAUUCUGCAUAUUGUUUGUUUUAUUAUCACUUACAUCACCGAUAUAUUCAGCUAGCGUCCAGGUGCAGUCUAGCACCCAUGUUGUGCAUACCCAUUCGACUCACGUCAUUUCGGGAACGGGAACCACGGGGAAUAAUGAAGUCGGGAAUACGGAACAAAAUGGUCAGGAUAGUAAUGUUGUUUCGAGACAAACCCAUGAAGUAUCUAUUUCGAGAACGUCGGUCGGGACAAGUGGAAACGUGGAGAUACAUACUUCGGGAACAAGCGGGAAUACCGAGGAUUCGGUUAGCACAUUGUUUCGAUAUGAACUGAUUGAUUUAGCGGGAAUAGUACGAGGCGUACACAAUCCCGGUCGGAAGUUUCACAGAGCCGUCGGGAGGAAAAUAUCACACAUGGCUUUUCUUGAAAAGUACGGAUACCUUAUACCAAGGGGUUUGGCACAUACCUGGAGGGCUGAAAGGAAUGCACUCACUACUUUUCAGAAAUUUGUAGGAAUAAAUCAAACUGGUGAGAUGGAUGACACCACACAGAUGAUAAUGGACUCCAGUAGAUGCGGGGUCGAGGACAUGCUGGGGUCAUCGCGCAUGGGCAGUAUGAAUAAACUUCAGACCAAUACCACAAGCAAGUUUAUCCACGUGCUCGAGAAUGAAGCGGUUGACGAUGUCGAUCAGGGUAUUACGUAUCAACAUGUGAUUGUAAAGGGAUGGCGUUCAUUCAGACAUCGAUUUAGGAGAUACAAUAUUCAAGGUUCUGAAUGGAAGAAGACCAACAUCACAUACCACUUCAAAAAUUUCAGUCCCGAUCUCACCGAGGCCCAGAUCCGUGAUGCCGUGGGACGAGCCUUCCAGAUCUGGGCUGGUGUUACCCCACUGACCUUCAGUGAAACAAUGGAUCCCAGUGCCGCCGACAUCAUCAUCAGGUUCGCAACGGGUGUCCAUGGUGAUGGCGCUCUUUCUGCUUUCGAUGGGCCAGGGGGUACCCUCGCUCACGCCUUCUUUCCCGAGAACGGCGACCUCCACUUCGACGACGACGAGACAUUCAGCGUGGGCACCGAGCAGGAUACAAACCUCUUUAUUGUAGCGGCCCAUGAGAUCGGUCACAGUCUCGGAUUGGAACAUUCCAGUGACAUGGGGGCAUUGAUGUACCCCUGGUAUUUAGGAUACCAAUCUGAUUAUACCCUCUCUCAGGAUGAUAUCGACGGUAUUCAACAGAUUUAUGGUAAGCCCUCUUUAAAGCGAGAGGAGAUGGAAUUGGAUGCUGCCCCCACUAACCCGCCGAACCCCAAUCUUCCCGAUGCAUGCAACUCCACGUGGGAUGCUGCAACUUAUUACCCUUCAGACGAUGUCGUGUAUGCUUUCAAGGGACGAUAUCUCUGGGCAAUCGCUGACAACGGCAUACUCCCUGGCUACCCAAAGAAAACCAAUCUGGUAUUUAAAGAAGCGCCAUCUCUUGUUCAUGCCGUGCUCUCUAUUGGAAAUCGAUUGUACAUGUUUAGAGGUCGCAAAAUGUGGCGGUUCGUGGACAAGGAACUCGACGUGGGAUUUCCGAAACGCACUCCCGCGGGACUACCAUCGGGUCCCAAUGCGGGAUUCCGAUGGGGCGGGAACGGGAAACUAUACCUCUUCAAAGGGUAUCGAUUCUACGAGUUUGACGAGUCGACACUCACUGUGGGCCCUCCCCAAACUAUCCGGCGACAGUGGCCCGAUGUUCCCGUUAAAAUAGACGCGGCAUUUCAAUGGAAGAACGGACGCACGUACUUUUUCAAGGGAGAUGAUUUUUGGCGGUACAAUGAUUCCAAGAUGAAAGUAUCGAACGGGUAUCCGGCUUCCAAAGCAAAGUAUUGGCUGGGAUGUGAGAGCCAACCGAUGUGAAUGCAUCCAUUAAUACCUUACUCAGACUCUUUACAUUGAUUCAUACUCCCAUUGAUUUAUUUUUUUAAAUGUAUGAAUACGAUUCGCCGCCUUUUGGAUCUCACAACGGCUUACCCGAUUACCAACUCAGUGUCAGUGAUGCAGGAUUCGGAGAAGAGACAGCCUGAGCGGGAACCACGCUAAUUAUGUUGCAGGCUUUCAAGAAAAGCCUGACUCAAAAUCGAGCGAUGGUAUGGUAUUGAUAAUAAAAUAACAGUUUUGAUCUGGAGUCGGUUUCGUUGUCGUGACAGCGGGUUUUGGCUUCCACGACACGACGGACUCAAGCACGUCCCCCAUGACAAAGAGAAACCAAGAGGUCUCUGUCGACAAUAUUGGUGAAACAAAACAACAGUUUCAACCUAGACUUGACCUGGCAUAUUCGCAAUUUUUCGUCAGCUCCGAAAUUUAGGACGAAACUGGUUUUCCGUUUCACUAAUUUUAGUCAAAGUCCUCCCUGCUGUCCUUUGUCAUUUUGAUUGGCGUUUUCAAAACAUUUCCUGUGUUCUUGAAUCCAUCCCUGUUGCAGUCACGAAAACUCUCUAUUGUAAUGGGUGUCAUCAGCUACAAAAAUGCAAUGAUAGUUUUAUAGAACGCAUUAUGAUUGGUUUAAAAGAGUAUUAUAAUUAUAAUCACCAUUUUUGUUAAUAAAAUAUUUAUAAAGUUUCACUAAUAAAGAUAUUACCGUUUGCUAUUCAUUAUUCUUUUGUCUGUCCACAAAUGCGUGUAUGAUAAUGGAAAUACUGAUGACUCUUAGAAAUAAAAAAAAUCAAGUGUAUAAAAGGGACCAUCCCAACAAUGAAAU